CGUCUCCAAAACAACCCUGCGUUUCAUAACGGCUUGCGGGAACACUACUUCCCACCAUCCUUUGCGUUCUGAAGACUGGCUACGUCAGUCCUGCGACAAAAUCUGACGCGAAUAAAAACACUGACAGACUGACAACACGACAAUGGAAAAGGAGCAACCAAAGAACGACAAUGCUUCAGACACACCUGCGACGUCUCAGUCCAAAAAGCCAAGCCAGGCUCUUUAUGUGCCAAAGAAACGAGUAAACGCAUCGAAAGAGAAACCUCACAUCGAGGGAGAGGUAAAACCAAGACCGAGGCCUCGCUACACAGACAAGGCUCGCAAGAACGUCAAAAAUAAGAGCAACAAGGCAGUUGGAGGAGUAGAUGAGAAGGAGACUGUUGGAGUGCACGGAGCGGAGAUGCAGACUGGUCAUGGCCACACAAAUUCUACUGUUGAGGUUGAGCUGCUGCAGGGGCCAGAGGAGACGACCAAUGGACAACUUGAAUCGGCUGAUGUUAGCAAUGCAUCAUUUCAUGACGAAAAGGAACAAGAAGACAGUUGGGACACCUUAUUUAACGAUGAUGGAGAUUGUCUCAAUCAGCGAUUGCUUGAAGAGCUGUCUUUGAGUGACGGUGGAAAGAAGACGUCAAUCCAGGACGCCAGAUUUGAUUACUACAACAUGCAGCAGUUUGAUGAUGACGACAUGGACCAGAGUGAGGAUGACCUCUCUCACAUGAUCGAGAUCUAUGAUAUUCCCCCCGAGUUUAAAACAGAGGAUCUUCUCAAGUUAUUUCAGGGAUACCAACAGAGAGGCUUUGAUAUCAAGUGGAUUGAUGACGCACACGCUCUCGGUCUCUUUUCAAGCCCAACUAUUGCUCGUGAGGCAUUAAGAUCCAAACAUCCACUGAUGAAGGUGCGACCACUCUCCAAAUCCACUUCAGAGACGAAGGCCACCGCUCGUAGCUUCUCUGAGUCCCCCCUGAUUGCUAAGGAGAGACCUCAGACCAGUGCAGCCCUGGCUCGCAGGCUUGUGAUCGGCGCCCUUGGUGUGAAAAGCAACGUAACAAAGGAGCAGCGGGAGGCAGAGAAGAGGAAGCUCCAGGAGGCCCGAGAACAAAAGCGCCUGGCAGCCAAACAGAGGGAAGAUGCUUGGGAGGGAAAGUGAUUGGGGAGACAGCUUCUCCGCAUUGAUUCGCUUGACUCCUUUCAGGCCACGCCUGGAGACUUGAAGUCCCAAGAUUAUCCAAGUGUGCAGUGUUACAUCACUCAAGUUUGAAGACUCAUCAUGUUUUUUUCUUUUUUUAUACAUAUAUGCAGGGGCAGAUGCUAGCCUGAGGUUACCUUACCUCAACAUUUGCCUGUACUCUUGAUUUUUCAAAGGCCCAUUAAUUCACCGAAAGCUAUUGGAAACAAUGUGUCUCAAGCAUCCACUGAUGAUUUUCUGUAAAAUGAAAUCUUUUGCCACAUGCACGUACAAUUUAGAUGAUCGGACAUAAUGUUAUAAUCAUAUCUUGACAGGCCGGACUAUUGUAGUACAAUUGUAAAGAAACAAUUUUAAAAAGUGAAAGUUUUAAUGUUUUUUUAACUUAAGUUGCAAUGAAUGUAUUUCAAAAUAUGUCAGAUUUCUUGUGUGAUAAGAUGGUCGUCAUCACUGUCAAAUACAGUGGAUGCGUGUCAUUGUCCAUUCGUGUAAAUAAUGUACUCUGUAUUUUCUCUAAGCUCGUCUGCCCUGUGGUUUGAAUGCUGCAUAGUAUAUUUUUAGUUUAAAAUGAGAGAGUAAUGGUAGUCAUGUCAUGUAUAUAAUCUCUUGUAUGAGGAACCUCCCAUUGACUCCUGUGAGUCACUUGAGGUGAACGUUUUCUGACAGACUUGUGGAAAUAUACUGAAGGGAAGAAGA